GACGUGGCAGAGUCGCAGCAUCACAGAAGAGACCAACGGCUGGGAUCAGGUCUAUCUGGAGAAUUCGCACGCGACCUCAGGCCACCGCUGGUACCUGCGGAUGAUUUUGUGCUCCAAAGUGUACCUCGUGGUCUGUGACCGCCUACGCCUGCCGCCUUUCCUUCAGGUGCUUCUUGCCGCGCUCUGCAGCUACUUCGGCCCAGUGAAUGCUCUCAAUGCUUGUGAGUUGGGGGCUCCGAAGAUUGUCGUCUUCUGGUUGCUUCGCGACUGUUUCGUUUGGACGAGAUGGGUGGCAUGCUAUGGUGCUUUCUAUGUGUUCUGCUUCCAUUACCUGCGAAGCAUCGUAAAGCUCUUCUCUGUGAGAUUGCCAAGUGGACCUGUCUGGGCAGCGGCCGCCACCGCCUUCAGCAUGAUGCUGGGUAUGCUUAUGGCUCUUUUCCAUUACCCCAACCAGCUCUUGGAGAGCGGCGAGAAGGGCUCGUGGCUGAUGCCGCUCUUGGAGCUCGUUGUCACCACGCUUCAGCCAUCGCUCUUCGCGCUUGGCGCCGUGUACUGGCCGUUCAAG